AUGGCGGACCAAGCUCAACCACUCGGUGGUCCAAAAGUCUGGACCACCCUCAUCACCAACACAGACUAUCUAUCCGGCCUCUUAACCCUAGACUACUCUCUCAAAAAGGUCAACUCCAAGUAUCCCCUCAUAGCCCUCUACACAGACUCCUUCCCAGCAGAGGGCCACGCCGCCCUCGAUGCGAGGGGAAUCCUAAAACGACACGUGCCCUACUUGCUCCCGUCAGUCUCAAAGGAUUACGCCAAUGACGUGCGUUUCUACGACUGCUGGAGCAAAUUGACCCCGUUCUCGCUCGUCGAGUAUGACCGCGUCGUCCAGCUGGAUAGCGACAUGGUCGCGCUCCAGAAUAUGGAUGAACUGAUGGAUCUCGAACUGGAUGCGCCUGAGUUGGCGGGGACGGGAGAUCGGGUUUUUGCCGCGAGUCAUGCUUGUGUUUGUAAUCCGUUGCAGAAGGCCCAUUAUCCCAAGGAUUGGAUCCCGGCCAAUUGCGCCUUUACCAGCCAGCACGAUGACCCCGUCACCGCGCAGACGGUCGGUGCUCCGUCAACCGCGGGCUUGGGUAUUCCCAACGGUGGUCUGCAGGUAGUGAAUCCCUCCCAAGGAACCUAUGACAAGAUCAGUGCGCAGCUCGCUUCUUCCACGGCGUCGAGCUAUGAUUUCGCCGAUCAAUCGCUCCUGGGCGAUGUCUUUCACGGUCGAUGGGUUGCUAUCCCGUAUAUUUACAAUGCGCUGAAGACUCUGCGGUGGAAGGGUGUUCAUGAUGCGAUUUGGCGGGAUGAGAAUGUUAAGAAUGUGCAUUAUAUUCUUAGUCCGAAGCCGUGGGAUGAAUGGGCGGCUAAGCAGAAGGGCGAGGAUGAUUCUCAGAAGAGCCAGGAUCCGUCCCAUGCUUGGUGGAUUGAUUUGAAUGAAGAGCGGUUGAAGGUGGAAGAGGGGAAAGGUCUGAAGGAUCAGUUCUAG